AUGGCUGGAAAUGGAGGCAUAGAUGGUACAAGGAAGAUCGGAUUGAAAGGCGGGGAUGGUGGACUAGUGGCUGGAAGUGGAGGCAUGGAUGGUACAGGGAAUAUAGGUAUGGAAGGUGGGGAUGAUGGACUAGUGCUUGGAAAUGGAGGCAGUGAAGGUAUAGGCAAGCCCGGAAUUAGAGGCGAGGAGGGUGAACUAGGAGAGCCUGGAAAUGGAGGCACAAGUGGUAUAGGAAAGCCUGGAACUAUAGGCAGGGACGAUGGACUAGUGCUUGGAAAUGGAGGCAUUGAUGGUAUAGGCAAACCUGGAAUUAGAGGCGAGGACGGUGAACUAGGAGAUCCUGGAAAUGAAGGCACAAUUGGUAUAGGGAAUCCUGGAACUAGAGGUGGACUAGUGCUUGGAAAUGGAGGUUGUGAUGGUAUAGGAAAGCCUGGAAUUAGAGGCGAGGAUGCUGAACUAGGCGAUCCUGGAAUUGAAGGCACAAAUGGUAUAGGUAAGCCUGGAAAUAGAGGCGAGGACGGUGAACUAGGCGAUCCUGGAAAUGGAGGCAGUGAUGGUAUAGGUAAGCCUGGAAUUAGAGGCGAGGACGGUGAUCCUGGAAUUGAAGGCACAAAUGGUAUAGGUAAGCCUGGAAAUAGAGGCGAGGACGGUGAACUAGGCGAUCCUGGAAAUGGAGGCAGUGAUGGUAUAGGUAAGCCUGGAAUUAGAGGCGAGGACGGUGAUCCUGGAAUUGAAGGCACAAAUGGUAUAGGUAAGCCUGGAAUUAGAGGCAAGGACGGUGAACCUGGAACAAAAGGUGCAGAUCGUGGACUAGCGCCUGGAAAUGGAGGCACAGAUGGUAUUGGAAAGGUGGGAACAGACGGUGGACUAGUGCCUGGAAAAGGAGGCAUCUCAGAUGGUGCAAAGCGCGACGGGAGUAGAGGUGGCAUUGUACCAGAAAAUGGUGAAGGAGACACAGAAAUAUGA